UAAACUGCGGGACAUUUGACCGAGCGGAAGUACUUCUUCUGUUGAUUCUCUGAAGGCGCUGUGUGCUGGUUUUCCUCGAGAGUCGCCUCACAUUAAUCGCAGUUUGCAAAAGAUGGGGCGCAGAAAGUCGAAGAGAAAACCCCCUCCCAAGAAAAAGAUGACCGGGAAUCUGGACACCCAGUUCACCUGCCCCUUCUGUAACCACGAGAAAUCAUGUGACGUCAAGAUGGAACGAAGUCGAAAUACAGGGAUAAUAUCCUGUACGGUGUGUCUAGAGGAAUUUCAGACACCUAUAACUUAUCUCUCGGAGCCGGUGGAUGUGUACAGUGAUUGGAUAGAUGCUUGUGAAGCAGCCAAUCAGUAGUUCUGCUGGGUCAAAUGUGACCGACGACCAAAUAACACUUACAGACUUUUGUUUGGUUUAAACUCCUGUACUGGUCCACUCUUCAGUCUUGUGUUGAAGCUGAAAGAAGGAUCUAAUAAAGCCAGAGAUGGAGGUUCAGGCAUCAUGAUUUAAAAUUCAGCCUUUUCCCUUUUGUUUAGUGUUACAGCAGUUUUUUCAUUAGUUUCUUAUCUUUUAGUUUGCCUCGUUUAUUUUACAAUUUAUGUUUUUAUAUGCAGUGUCAAUAAAACAUUUGCAUAUUC